CUCAUUUCGAGAUUUACCAUGGAGGGUUUCCAUGCUUCCGCCGCCGAUGCCCGGCUGCCGUAUCUCCACGAGCAGUACCCCCGCCUGGCCGUGCUGUAUCCGUUCGCCUUCGAAAACACAUUCGUACGGCUAUCCUCUCCCAUCAGCUGAACACGUGUAGAUGCUGACGUGGGAAGCACAAUUCUGCCGCUCGACGAUGCAUCUCUGCGUGGCGUUGUGUGCUGCAUACUGCUUCUCGUGCUACUUUGGGAAGCAAAUCAUGCGUUCUCGCGAAGCCUUCGACAUGACUCCGGUGUUAGCACUGUGGAACUUGAGUUUGUCUACCUUCAGCGCAUGUGGGGCACUUCGAACGGUGCCGUUUCUUCUCCAUUCCAUCUACCAUCACGGGGUGUACCAUUCCGUGUGCAGCGACGCGACAGCGCACUACGGAAACGGUCCUGUGGGGCUUUGGGUCUCCAUGUUCAUCUUCUCCAAGAUUCCUGAGCUUUUUGACACGUUCUUUGUCGUCAUUCGCAAGAAGCCGUUGCGAUUCUUGCAUUGGUACCAUCACAUCACGGUGUUGCUCUUUUGCUGGCAUGCGUACUCUGUGCGCUCAUCAAGUGGCCUCUACUUUGUUGCGAUGAACUAUACCGUCCACGCUGUCAUGUACAUGUACUAUUUCCUCACAGCCGUGGGGUAUCGUCCUCGGUGGGCAUACCUUGUCACAACGUUGCAAUUGAGUCAGAUGGUGGUGGGUGUCGCCGUCUGCGCCGCAAGUGUUAUCUACCUGUCGACCUCGUCGUCGUCUUCCACGACUACAUGCCAUGCCAACCGAACGAACCUUCAAUACGGCAUCGUCAUGUAUGCGAGCUACUUUGCGCUGUUUUUGCACUUUUUCAUCCAACGCUACAGCACAACCACCACUUCCAAGAAGUCCCAGUAACGCCAGCCAUUUCGUGUUCCCAUCCCGACUAUAAUCAAUCGUGUCCCCAUGGUACCACAAUACCCUCCCUUCCCAAGACUAUUCAAUGUUGAUCGUGUUCAAGUACGCGACCAUCUCCUUGAUCAUGCGCUUGUCUGCUCGUUUGCGGUGCUUGACCAUCAACUGCAGUCGCGACCACGCCGUCCGAAUGUUCCCGUCCAUCUCUACAUGCGUCUUCGUCUUCGACACCAACUGAUGCGCCGUCUGCAAGUCGGAUUUCGCUUGCGACGUGUCGUGCGUCGCCAUACUUAGCACGCCCCUACAUCCACCCCUCGAUGAGGCAUACAUAUCCCACAUACACUCAAAGAGACGAAAGAUCACCUCAAGUAGAGGGCGGGGAUGUGCUCGGACGACACUGUCAAUGCAAACGUCAGGCACUCGAUCGCGUCCUGGGUGCAGCCCAACGCGUGCAAACACUUGGCACUGUUCAUGCAUAGGUGCAACCUUAGAUCUGCGAUCGCUGACGUUUCCACGGGCAGCAUGUGCACUUUGUGGAUGGGAACGUUGUCGGCUUCGGUGCCGUUGUCAAACAUCACGUCCACCACGUCCUCGUUUACGUCGCUCACCAUCCCCACCAGCCAUGCGGUGCCCUGCUGCACCUACAGUACAUCACUUGAGGUUUGUAUAGGUGCAGAAUAGGCAUACAACGUACUUUGACGGGGUGCCCCACAGUCAAUUUCACUGCCGUCGGUCGUCGCGACGCAUUGAACGCUUCCGACACGGUCAACGUGGACAGCGCCACGCGGUAAAACGACCGCGCCGCCGUGUAAUUUCCUACAGCAUAUAAUUGGAUCAGUCCUGUACCCAUACAAAUAGCCAUAUAAAAAGC